AUGGGGUUCCUGGGCGUAUACCAGGCUAUCUACGACUACGCCCCUCAGGCCGAGGGCGAGCUGGCCAUCGCCGAGGGAGAUCUGCUGUACGUCCUUGACAAGAACAACGACGAUGGCUGGUGGAAAGCCAAGAGAAAAGCCGGCACCGACGAAGACGACGAACCCGAAGGUCUCGUGCCCAACAAUUACGUCGAGCCCGCUCCGACGCUCAGCCAUGCCCAUGCCAUUUACGAGUAUACGCGCCAGACCGACGAGGAAUUGUCUUUCCCCGAGGAUGCCAUCCUCGAGGUGUUUGACGCCUCAGACCCAGACUGGAUCCUUGCCGGCCUCGACGAUGAAUAUGGAUUUGUGCCGUCAAACUACAUCGACGUGAAGACGACUGACGCAGACGUCGAUUUGCCAGCGAGCGCGGCCUCCCCGGCUCUGCCGAUGCGGCCUCAGUCUGUGGCCUCGGACUCAGUAGAGAGCACAUUAGAAGCAGGCCAUGGCCCCCCGCCCACCUUGGGACCCGCGGCCGCACUGGCGGGUGUUAUGCAGGGUCGGGCAGCUCCCCGACUCACGACACCAUCCCCGCCUGCUCAGCCUGCGCGACAGCCCACACAGCGCGAAAGGUCGCAGCCGCCAGAUGUAGACGAAGACGAUGAUGAGGCCCUGCAGUCCCCAGCGCUGCCUUCCCGGCCUCGCUCUCGAACCAUCCCCGAUGAGCGGCCGUACGAUGGUGCGCCCGCCCAAGCGCCCGCGAGCCAUGACUCCCGACCCGACGAGCCGUAUCGAACCCCGGGAGGCUUCCACAUGUACAACAUCAACGAAAUGGUAUCGGUCAUGGGGAAAAGAAAGAAGAUGCCCACGACACUGGGCGUUAAUCUCAAGACAGGAAUCAUACUGAUCGCCCCCGAACGGGCUCAGGACGAGCCAGCCCAGGAAUGGACGGCCGACAAGAUGACGCAUUACUCCCGCGAGGGCAAGCACGUCUUUAUGGAGUUGGUUCGGCCGAGUAAGAGCAUCGACUUUCACGCGGGUGCCAAAGAUACAGCUGAGGAAGUUGUGGGUGCCUUGGGGGAGCUGGCUGGCGCUGUCCGGGCCGAAGGUCUGCGGGAAGUCAUCAUGGCCGGCUCGCAGCGCACCCGACGCAAGGGCCAGAUUCUGUACGACUUCAUGGCACAAGGCGACGACGAAGUGACGGUAGCAGCAGGUGACGAAGUCGUGGUCCUCGACGAGUCCAAGAGCGACGAGUGGUGGCAGGUCCGUCGCAUCAAGAAUGGCAAGGAAGGAGUUGUUCCGAGCAGUUAUAUCGAAGUGACGGGGACUGUCACGCCGCCUGGUGCAACGAAUAGCUCCCCGAUGGACUCGGCCAAGUCCACUGUGGAACAGAACCGGCUGGAGGAAAUCAGGCUCACCAAGGAGGCCAUCAAGGAGGGCAAGCAGCCGCAGCAGCCGCGUAGUCGACGCGAGAAUGGCCGACGCGACAGCCAUGUCAAGGCCAAGUCGAAGCCCGACUCGUCCAAGGUGCGAACGUGGACAGAUCGGUCAGGGUCCUUCAGUGUCGAUGCGCAGUUUCUGGGUCUGAGAGACGGCAAAAUCCACUUACACAAGAUGAACGGUGUCAAGAUUGCCGUUCCCAUUGCGAAGAUGUCCCGUGGUGACCUCGAAUGCGUUGAGAACAUCACCGGCAUAUCCUUGGACGACGACAAGCCCCUGGCGGACGUGAAACGAGGCAAAUCUACGGACAAGCGGCGCACCGAAGUCGGCGCGUCGGUGGGGAAGAGUGAAAAGCCAGAGUAUGACUGGUUUCAAUUCUUUCUCUCCUGCGACGUUGCCGUCGGUCUUUGCGAGCGCUACGCGCAAGCCUUUAUCAGAGACUCCAUGGACGAGAGCGUCUUGCCGGACGUGAACGCUACCGUUUUGCGCACCCUAGGCUUACGCGAAGGCGACAUCAUCAAGGUCAUGCGAGCGUUGGAUAUCAAAUUUGGCCGCGACCGAAGCGGCCCCGGGGCGGAUGGUGACAACGCUACCGGCGGCCUUUUCUCUGGACCUGGCGGCACGCUUCGAAAUAACACGCGGAAAAGCAGACCCGCCCCGGCUGUGCAGACAAGCGAUGUAGUCGAUGCUACCGCUUUCUCAAAGACCAAUGCGCCAGGCCCCGAAUCGGGCACAGACGGGGCCAGCCCAGCCACCAAGUCAUCCGGAGCCCCGGCCGCCGGCGGAUUCGACGACGACGCUUGGGAUGUAAAGCCGCAGCCCAGGCCGGAUCCGGCUUCGUCUCAGGCGCUCACGAGCUCCAUGAAGGAGCUGUCACUGCUGAGCGAGCCCCUCCAACCGACCACGAUGGAGUCACAACAGACAGCGGCUACGAGCUCGAGCCUGGGCAGUGCCCAACCGCAGCAGACUCAGCAGCCCACGGGUGCUAGCCCGUCUUUCUUUUCUACCGUUCCCAAUCCCGGCCAAGUACAGUCUUCUCCCAAAACCCUGGCCCGGCAGCGGCCGACGCCCCCUUCGAUGUCAUCCAGCCAGGGCUCGCUGGCCCCCCCACCCCCGCAGCGGCCGUUGUCCGCCCCUCAAUCGGCGCAGCAGGCCAUAUUCGGCCCUCCCCCGAUGGGUUUACAGGCGACGGGCGCCGUGCAGUCUCAGGUGGCAACACCGGGCCAGAGCCUUCAUGACCUCAGUCAAUACAGGCUUCAGCAGCAGUAUGCUGCGAUGCAGCAGCUUCAGCCUGCAAUGACCGCCCCUGGCCAGCCCCAGUUCAUGCAGCCCAUGAUGACGGGCAUGCCAGCCCAGCAAACUGGGGCUGGGUUCCGGCCUACCUUCACAACCAGAAUGUCAUCAUUCGGGCAGGGCUCUGGCAGCACCGGUGGUGUCAAUAGCUAUCUUCCACCAGCGCUGGAGCCCGAGCGGACAGGGGCGACAAGUCUACAUUCACAGCAUACGGGGGCCAUGGUCGGAGGCUUUGCCCAGCCGUUGCAACCGCAAAAGACAGGCCCCCCGCCUCCGCCGACUGGGCGGAGGGCGAACCUGGCGCAAGCGACCCCAGAUAACCCCUUCGGAUUCUGA